AAGUGAGGUCACAUAAUAUGGCGGCCGGGACCUAGCUGCGCCGAGGGAGGAUCCGGGGUGCCGGAGAAUCGGCGUCCAUCCCUCUCGGCCGGGGUGUCUCGCUGCCCCUGAGCCCUUCCGGCGUCGAGAAGCGGGACCCAAGGCCGCGAUGGUGGCGGGAGUUGCCCUGCUCUGAGUCCGGGGUCUUGCAAACAGGUCGGGUCCGAUCUAACCGCCUCGAUGGAGUUGAGAGUUGGGAACCGGUACCGGCUUGGCCGGAAGAUCGGAAGCGGCUCCUUCGGGGACAUUUACCUAGGGACUGACAUUGCUGCUGGGGAAGAGGUCGCCAUCAAAUUGGAAUGUGUGAAAACCAAACAUCCUCAACUCCACAUAGAGAGCAAAAUUUACAAAAUGAUGCAGGGUGGAGUGGGUAUUCCCACAAUCAAAUGGUGCGGGGCUGAAGGUGACUACAAUGUAAUGGUGAUGGAGUUGCUGGGACCAAGUCUUGAAGACCUCUUUAACUUCUGUUCAAGGAAAUUCAGCCUCAAAACAGUCCUAUUACUUGCUGACCAAAUGAUUAGUCGAAUAGAAUAUAUUCAUUCAAAGAACUUCAUCCACCGAGAUGUAAAGCCUGACAACUUCCUAAUGGGAUUAGGCAAGAAGGGCAAUCUUGUGUAUAUAAUAGAUUUUGGGCUGGCUAAGAAAUACCGGGAUGCUCGUACCCACCAGCACAUUCCAUAUCGUGAAAAUAAAAACUUGACAGGAACUGCCCGCUAUGCCUCCAUCAACACUCAUCUUGGAAUCGAACAAUCUCGCAGAGAUGACUUGGAGUCCUUGGGCUAUGUUCUCAUGUAUUUUAACCUGGGCUCCCUCCCCUGGCAGGGAUUGAAAGCAGCCACAAAGAGACAGAAAUAUGAACGCAUCAGUGAAAAGAAAAUGUCUACACCCAUUGAGGUUUUAUGUAAAGGAUACCCUUCUGAGUUUGCUACAUACUUGAAUUUCUGCCGCUCAUUGCGUUUUGAUGACAAACCAGAUUAUUCUUAUCUAAGACAAUUAUUCAGAAACCUCUUCCACAGACAAGGCUUCUCCUAUGAUUAUGUGUUUGAUUGGAACAUGCUCAAAUUUGGUGCCAGCCGAGCAGUUGAAGAUGCUGAGCGUGAACGAAGGGAGAGAGACGAAAGGCUGAGGCAUACACGGAACCCAGCAGUUCGUGGUUUACCAUCCACUGCCUCUGGCAGGCUGAGAGGGACACAAGAUGUGGCCCCACCAACUCCUCUUACCCCAACCUCACAUACUGCAAACACCUCUCCUCGUCCAGUAUCUGGAAUGGAGCGAGAACGGAAAGUGAGUAUGCGAUUGCAUCGUGGUGCACCUGUCAAUAUCUCCUCGUCUGAUUUAACAGGCCGACAAGAUACCUCGCGCAUGUCAACCUCACAGAAUAGCAUUCCCUUCGAACACCACGGCAAGUAGCUGCUCGUCUCUUUCUCGUUGGAAAGCAGCACUGGAUUCCUGCUCUGGCGACAACCAGCGUUCUCCAGUCUGCUGUGCAUCGGUGAAAUAAUGUUGCCAUUGAGGGGCAGAUAAUGCAUGGCUGAGCUCCUAUGUUACCAAUGGCUUUUACUAGCAAAGCUAUCUCAAACUAGAGCAGAAGAAAUAUUACAACUGGAUCUCUCCUAGCCACUUACUAAAGAUACUCACAGGAACACGGACAGAAUCCAGCAGCUGCCACUACAAGAGGCUUUGGCCAGAAACCUGAUAACCUGAUGUGAACUCUAGCAACAGGGCUAGAAAAGGAAGAGACAGUUUACAGCAUUAACCGCCUGUUAUUUAAUAGCCAUUUCAGUUUUCCCUUCACAGGUGGCAGCCUUUACCCCCUUUUUAUUGUUCUUCUUGUAACUAUAAAUCUUUUACUUGGUUUAAGAAAGUUUUGUAUUCAUUUUGCUAUGAUUACUGGCUUAACUCUGUAAAGAAUUCACUCUCACUUUUGUCUGAUCUGAAAUCUAUGUAGAAAUGUGAACAAUCCUGAAGUUUAAAAAAAAAAGACUUGAACUUCUUGUAAACUUACAUCAGGCAGGGAAUGUGUAAAUGAAUUAGAACAGUUUGAUUUUCCUUUACACUGUUUGCUUUUUGUAUGGUCCCAUUCCAAGAGGAGGGGAAAGUAUGGAAAUUCUCAUGGUUGGGGGGGGGGGGGGGGUUUUAAAAGAUUUUUUUUAAAUUUGGCCAUCUUGUUCUUCCAUUUUUUUUUAAAUGCUUAUUUGUCUCUAGUAUAUCCAAGAAAAAAAGGUUAUUUAGAAGGGGGGAGGGAAAAUACCCAGUCAAGAUGAUAAGAGCAUAGACUCUGAGGAACAAAAGUCAAAUGCUCUGAAAUAACUUUUUUGGGAAGGUUUUAAUGUUGAAUGUACAAUAUGUGUUCUUUAUUUACAGGAGGAUUUCAUAUGCAAUGUUAGUGACAAGAUCCACUGUUUCUGCUUGGUUUUUAGUACACUUGCCUAUAAACAGGAAUACUGGCACUGCACUGUGAGCAGUGUUGUAGUUGUGCUUCUGAGUACGCCGGCAAGUGCUUAUAGCCUGCUGCAUUAGGCCAAGGCUUGGUGGAGCUGUAAACAAAGUGCUGCAAGAUGCCAAGACUUGAGAACAUUCAAGCCUGUUGAAUUUAAUAUUUAAAAGCGUGCAGGUCUGGAACAGCUGGCCUUCAGCUGAAGAGACACAUAUAAUGGCCAAAACGCUUAUCCUAGCAAACAAGCGUGCCAGCUAAAUAUGGAAGAAUCUUUGUUUUCAUGAGCAAUAUAUUUGGUCCCUCUGUAAUCUGGGAAAGUAGAAGGCAUGUCAAUCAUACCAAAUACCACUCUUAAGUAACAUCACUCCCGCCUUGGGAAUGAAGGUGCAAUACAUAGAUGUGUUGUGUUACUACUUUUUAAUCAACAGAUGUGGAAUUUGUGCCUCCUUGGAAACUUAGUAGCUUUUAUCAAUCCAUGGUUCCUUUUUCUGUUCAUUUGCAAGCAAUUUUAUUGUACUAAAGCCUUGCCAGUUCCUUUUUUUAGUUUUGUUGAUCUUUGAGUAGGAACUAUCUUGUCACUUUUCUUUAGCUGCUGCAAAACAUUAACCAAGUGCUUAUUUGUAUGUUCAGGGUCUGAUUGGAAGCAUCCUGUGAUGGGGAUGUGCAGUGGGAAUGUUUUUAAAUGUUGAUCCAUGGAGAAUUUUGCAAAGCUGUAUCACUUGGUUACUGUAAAUGUGGGUUCUUUGGGCAUGUGCACUUCCAUUUGUACAGUACUACACUUUAAUGUGCUUUCUUUGUAAAUAUUUGUGGUCAAAUGAUGUAAUGUUAGAGACCUAUAAAAGCAGCCUCUUCUCUCUAUAUAUCUGGAACCUUAAAUUGCUGUACUAUACUUAAAAGUUGACUAUUGCAAAUUUCUAGGCUUGUACUUGGUUGUGGGCAGUCUUUGCCCUUCCAUUAUAGUUAAAUCCCACCACCGCCUACUGAAAUAUAGUUAGAAUGUCUCUCUAAACCUGUGUACUGGUAACCAAUAUCUCAGAACGCCUCAUUUGUAUUACCACUGUAUUUGUGUACUUUAAUAAUUGUGUAAAUAAAUUCAUAAGGACUUCUA